UCUAAGACAAGACACUAUACAGUCUCUAUGAGAUGUGUUUUAUGUGCCGCUAUUCGUAAGCGGCUCAUGUAUUUAAUUUAACAACUUUUUAUAGCAAUGUUACUAACAAAUUGUUACAAAAACAUUUUUUGUACAACAUUACGGAAUUUCAAUGUAUCCACGAGUGCUAAACCGUUUUUACACAAUUAUAAUCAUAUCAGAACAAAACUGUUGAAUAAACUUUUACCAAGUGUAAUACAAUGUAGGAAUUAUCAAGCCCAAAAUUUAUUGGACUUGCCGCCUCUUACAGAUGAGCAAAAAUUAUUGUGGCCAGGUUUUAUUAACAUUAUAAAAAAUUUAGUGCGAUAUAAUUUUGUGAUAAAAGCCUACAUGGAACCAGAAUUUAAUUUGUCCGAGUUUUUAGAAGGAUCAAAACAAGCUUUACAUGUCAUUUCACAUGCUUUAGCUGAAGAAAAUUAUGAAAGCAUUCAAGAGUUAGUCAGUAACGAGGCUAUUAAUGAAAUUAGGGGUAGAAUUAGUUCUCUAACUGCAGAGCAAAAGCAAUUAAUAGCUGUAAAUAAAAAUGAUAUUUAUGUUAUAUUUCCUCAUCUAAUUGGAAUAAUGUUUGAUGAGAACAGAGCUGAGCAGAAGUUUGUGGAGAUUACAGUAGUGUAUCACUCUUUACGUGGUCUGAGAAAUGAACUAGAUAGACACGAUGACAUUAAGAUGAACAUACAAAAUUACCCAGAAUAUGCACAGCGCUCGUUUGUUAGUAAUUACAGAUUUAUUCGUGAAUUCACAAAAGGUGUGGAGUCUUCUUGGACUGUUAACAAGAUCAAUCAUUUUAUGACAAAAUCAGCAGCAUAAAUACAGUUAGUAAUGGAAGUUCAUCUAAUUUAAAUUAACAUAAAAAUAAUUCUUUUGAACAGUCAUUUUGUUACAUAUGUCAAAAUCUGUUAGAUUUGCUUUUUAUUUAGGCUUUGAGAAGAAAAGCUUCAACAGUGUUAUUGGGAAAAAAUUGUAAUGGAAUAAAAAUCAAAUAUAUCUAUUGUUCAU